AUGUGGAAGCCCAAGACGGACCCAGGUUUUUUGGGAGAGGCGGGAGCAGAAGGAGACACACGUCCCUCUCCCCCUUCUCCUGCGUGGCCUCGCCGUUCGUCUGCGUCGCGUCUCAACCCUCGCGACGGGCACCAAGAGGAAAAAGGGAGAGAAGAGGGUGAAGCGGGGGAAGUCGAACAAGAGGCAGGACGAGAGGAAAAAAAGGACGAGAAAAGAAAAGGUGACGAGGCAGCAGAGGUGCUACGCGACACAAGAGAACGUGGAGAAGAGAGCGUCAAAGAAGGUGAAACUGGGCGUUCUGGAGAGGCUUGGGUGGAGGCUGAACGGGACAGGAUCCACGUGCAGUCUGCGAGAGAAGAAAAGGAUGACCCGGUGUCGAAUUUCCCGCCGAGGCAAGACAGAAAUGCUUUUGAACGUGGCAACCGCACCGACAACGCCGUUUCGCAUCCCCGAUGCCAAGCAGCAGCUCCACGCAUCGACGAUGGCCUCCUGGGAGACGAGAAAGUGCGGCAAGCACAGGCACUGGCAUCUCUCUCGUCGCUCGGCCAGGAAAUUUUCUUCGCCAUUCGCGACGUCAAAGACCCCGAGUUCCCAGUCUAUACUCUCGGCGACCUCGGCGUCACGACACCUCAAAUGAUUCGCAUUGAGAACGAGGACGCCUUGCUGCCGGAGAGAGCGCGAGGGCAAAACGGCGAAGCAAAAAAGGAGGCAGGAGCAACAGAGAGAGAGGAGGCUGCGUGUGAAAGAGAGGGAAGAGCACAGCCAGGAGAGACACCAUCUGAGCCUUCGUGGAGCAACGGGGAGAAGAGGGGCUGGACGGCUGCGCGCCUCAGACAUCCUCGGCGAGAGCCGGCCGAGUGUUCUUCCAACGCGUUGAGCUCGUCGGAGAAAACUGCGCAGACACAACCUGGCGAGUCUUCUUUCUCGUCCAGUUUUCUCGGCUGCGAGAGAGUGAACGAGGCCGCAGUCGUGACGGUCGGCUUAGCGCCGACGAAUGCGAAGUGCUCGAUGGUGAGUCUCAUCGGCCUCGCCGUUCGAUGCAAACUUUGCGCAAGAUUUCCCUUCAUCUCGCCGAACUUCCUCCAACGUUUGCACCCGGAGGCAGGAGAGACAGACGACGCAGAAGAAGACUGGGGAAUCGAGGGAGAGUCGGACCAGAGCGAGAGGAAUAAAGGGGGAAACUGGGAUGCGGUGCGUGAGGAAAGGGAGGGGAAGGAGCGAAGCAUUUCGGCAGAUGUGGUCUCCAGUGGAUACGGGGCGUCUUGGGUCUCUGCUCGAGCGCGCGGGAGCAGGAAACGCGUGCAGAGGCGGCUGUUUGUCGACCUUGAGAUUUUCGCCCAUGAAGACGCGGAAAGCCUGACCAAACAACUUAACGACAAAGAGAGAGUUUGCGCAGCUCUCGAAAAUCCGCAGAUUCGGGAACUGGUGCUUGCAGCCAUCGAAGAAGAUUGA